AUGUCUCUCCUCCGAACUCAAUUUGCUUCGCUGCGCGUCGCCGCCUCGUCCGCUUCGAUCGCUGGCCGUCGCACCCUCCUCACUACUGCUGUUCGACGCACGGACGAUCCCCGUGUGCUCAACAAGGACACCCACUCCGGUGCAUCCGUCAAGGCGGACAAGCACUCGAAAGACCCCAAGACGCUGCAGAAGGAGACUGCCGAGUCGGCCAACCAGGGCUCUUCGUCUAGCGGCGCAAAGGAUCGCCCGACUCACUCGGAGGACGCAGUGCACGGCGAGAAGCACGGCAAGUCGCCCGAACAGCUCCAGAAGGAGACCGCUAACAAGACUUAA